CUCCCCGGCCCGAUCCGCCCGCCGGCUCCCCCUCCCCCGAUCCCUCGGGUCCCGGGAUGGGGGGGCGGUGAGGCAGGCACAGCCCCCCGCCCCCAUGGCCGCCCGUCGGAGCCAGAGGCGGAGGGGGCGCCGGGGGGAGCCGGGCACCGCCCUGCUGGUCCCGCUCGCGCUGGGCCUGGGCCUGGCGCUGGCCUGCCUCGGCCUCCUGCUGGCCGUGGUCAGUUUGGGGAGCCGGGCAUCGCUGUCCGCCCAGCAGGAGCCUGCCCAGGAGGAGCUGGUGGCAGAGGAGGACCAGGACCCGUCGGAACUGAAUCCCCAGACAGAAGAAAGCCAGGAUCCUGCGCCUUUCCUGAACCGACUAGUUCGGCCUCGCAGAAGUGCACCUAAAGGCCGGAAAACACGGGCUCGAAGAGCGAUCGCAGCCCAUUAUGAAGUUCAUCCACGACCUGGACAGGACGGAGCGCAGGCAGGUGUGGACGGGACAGUGAGUGGCUGGGAGGAAGCCAGAAUCAACAGCUCCAGCCCUCUGCGCUACAACCGCCAGAUCGGGGAGUUUAUAGUCACCCGGGCUGGGCUCUACUACCUGUACUGUCAGGUGCACUUUGAUGAGGGGAAGGCUGUCUACCUGAAGCUGGACUUGCUGGUGGAUGGUGUGCUGGCCCUGCGCUGCCUGGAGGAAUUCUCAGCCACUGCGGCGAGUUCCCUCGGGCCCCAGCUCCGCCUCUGCCAGGUGUCUGGGCUGUUGGCCCUGCGGCCAGGGUCCUCCCUGCGGAUCCGCACCCUCCCCUGGGCCCAUCUCAAGGCUGCCCCCUUCCUCACCUACUUCGGACUCUUCCAGGUUCACUGAGGGGCCCUGGUCUCCCCGCAGUCGUCCCAGGCUGCCGGCUCCCCUCGACAGCUCUCUGGGCACCCGGUCUCCUCUGCCCCACCCUCAGCUGCUCUUUGCUCCAGACCUGCCCCUCCCUCUAGAGGCUGCCUGGGCCUGUUCACGUGUUUUCCAUCCCACAUAAAUACAGUAUUCCCACUCUUAUCUUACAACUCCCCCCACCGCCCACUCUCCACCUCACUAGCUCCCCAAUCCCUGACCCUUUGAGGCCCCCAGUGAUCUCGACUCCCCCCUGGCCACAGACCCCCAGGGCAUUGUGUUCACUGUACUCUGUGGGCAAGGAUGGGUCCAGAAGACCCCACUUCAGGCACUAAGAGGGGCUGGACCUGGCGGCAGGAAGCCAAAGAGACUGGGCCUAGGCCAGGAGUUCCCAAAUGUGAGGGGCGAGAAACAAGACAAGCUCCUCCCUUGAGAAUUCCCUGUGGAUUUUUAAAACAGAUAUUAUUUUUAUUAUUAUUGUGACAAAGUGUUGAUAAAUGGAUAUUAAAUAGAAUAAGUCAUA